UUUAGUGGCAUAUGGCCGCCACAUGGGCCCUGCUCUGCCUUGCUGCGAUGGCUGCCCCAGCUACGUCGCUCGGAUUCAUGGCUUCGUUCGCUGGGAAGGCUUUACCGCCCCGGUAUUCCCAAGUGAAUACCACUUUUGCAACUGCCUGUCAAUGCAGGAUGGCGUGUUUAGUGAACCCCGCAUGCGCUGCAGUGUCCACCGCUCCGGAAAUCGUGAUGUCGAACCCAACCGGAAUGUUCCUGUGCACUUUUGCUCGUGUCAAUGUGGUCGACGCGGCCCGUCUCAUCAACGCUACGUCGAGUCAAGCAAUCACUUCAAUUAAAGACUUCAAGUGUGACGCACCUUUCAAACUCAUCUUUGGCGUUGGAUGCAUUUUGGUGGUAGAGGAGAAGUUAGAUUUUGAAAAUGCAACUGAGAAUUGCCCUCCUGGAUCUGCCUUGUACACUCCUGAAGAUGACGUAAUUUUCCACAACUUCAUAGAAUACAUGAAGCUGAAAACCUUGGGACGAAUGGAUUUCUGGCUUGGCUUCAAGAACUUCGGAAACGCUCAAAACCAGACCUGGGCUUGGUUCGAUGGCCGCAUCGUGUCCUCUACCACCGGUUCUUGGUACUGGACAAAAUACGAACCUGAUGGAACUGGAACCGAAUGUGCGCGUCUCUUUGGAAAUGGAGCUGAAACAGGCAUGAAAGACAAUCCAUGUAGUAGCCGCUACUCGUCUGUGUGUCAAAUGAAUAGCCAUCCCUAGGCUAACAUUUGUGUUGGACCAAUCGUGCGAAGUCUAAUCCAUUCGUAGGUACAACAUUCACGCUGAACUAUGCGUGUGAAGUAGAUAUCUAUCAAUGAGCACAACAUUUAACCCUCCACUGCCG